UCGGCAGAACCAGCAGCACAGAGAGGAGAGCCUCCGUGAGUCCGCAGAAGUUUCGGGUCCGCGUGCGGAUGCGCUGACAGAGGUCCGCGCGCACACAGCCGUCCAGCGCGUUCACCCCCACGCGCCCCCCCCCCCCCCCCCCCAAAAAAAAGAAACCCACCAGGUGUCCCCGCCAGGUGAGGCCGGGAGGAGAAGCUCUGCCCGCGAUGGUGAAGGACGUGAACAGCGUGAGUCUGGAGCAGCAGCCGGGGACCAGUCCGGCCUCAGAGGACGGGGAGCCGGCCGACAGCCAGCCAGAGGACCCCGGUAAGGAGCACGCCGCCGCCCCCCCCGGCGUGGUUUGGCGGCUGACGGGCGGCCUGUUCAGCGCCACCCGGGGCGUGGUGGGCGCCGCGGUGGGAGGCGUGGCCUGGGUGGGCGGCAAGAGCCUGGAGAUCACCCGGUCGGCCGUUGCCACGGCGCCGGCGGUGGGCGUCGGCCUGGUGAAGGGCGGCGUGGCGGCCGUGGCCGGCGGCGUCUCGGCCGUGGGCGCCACGGUGGCCAGCAAGGCGCCGUUCACCGCCAAGCGGAAAGACAAGGCCGAGUGA